AUGCUCUCAGAGAUAAUAGGGGCUUUUGAACUGCAGGCAGAGUGGCCACUGCCCGCAGCACAAAGCAUUGCCGUGGAGACUGCUAUUGAGAAAGGUCGCGACAACGUCCCUUCAAGCGAAGCAACGAAGUACGCGACGCGCAGUAACGGAGUCUUCUCUUCACCUCCGAAACCACACACUCUCAUUGAAAUGACCAACAUCGAGACGCGCCCUCUCAACUUCGAGAAGUUCAAAUACGAGCCACUAGCCUACCACAACGCUGACCGAUCGUUCGAGGCGCUCUCCGAGUCGUCCAGGGCGUAUCUGUCAACCCCCGAGUUCAAGGGGUCCUCGCUGCGGGUCGUGCGGGAUAAGAGGAUCCAGGACAUGAAAAAGACCAUCAAUAACACACAGAUCGCCAUCGUUGGUGGACUUUCGCAGAUUCACUUUCCUUCAGAUCCGGAUGCCCUAGGAUCGCCUCAGCGGGAAGAGUGGCUGGCGGACGUGCAAAAGAUGGUGGAUUCUGAUCUCAGGCAGGAAUAUACGACCACGCUCGAUAGUUUUGUGGAAGAUUUCGACGCGUUGAUGUGGGUCAACUUAAAGAAUAGAGAGGCGAUUGAGGAGGAAUACCUGACCGCCAAGGAACAAGCUUCGUUUCGGAACAGGGAACUUGCACCGAUCAUCCAGGAGGUCUACUCAGAUCUGCUUUGUAUGUGGGGCAAUGAGCACAAGAAGCACUUACAGGACGGCUGUCCAGUCGCGGACUGA